UGCUGCUGCACCCUUUUGUUUACACUAUAUGUGUGGACUGUGGAGAGGGUAUGGGUGCGUAACACGCACACACACACACACACACAUGCACACACAAAGGUAAUUAAUAUAGAUUGCAUUGCAAAAUCCACCAAAGUACGUCUCCAAAUGUGCAUAACAGUCAAAGCAUCCAUCAGGAUGUAUUAUUCAAUGUUACAUAAGACAUUUGACAGAAUACUGUACCUUGCGCGUGCGUGUUAUAUUGGAACCCAACGCACGUCUGUCACUUGUGCGCGUGCGCGUAAAAAAGGAGCCAAAAAAAUAAAUAAAUAAAUAAAUAAAGCCCUCCAGAGGAGAGAGAGGCGUUCUUCACCCAUUCCUCCACUCUGAGUGCGCCUCCAACCUGUCUCCUCCUUCUUCUUCGAGGGAGUUCAAUGUUUUUUUGGGGUUUGGUUUUAGUUUUUAGCCCCUCCUUAAUCCUCCUCCUCUUCUUCGCGAUCGUCUUUGACCAUCUUUUUUUUCUUUUUUUUUUUUUUUCAAAAGAGUUUCACGCAACUAAAGUAUGCUGUGGAAUGGGCCACGCGAGAUCUCGGCCAUGCGGGAGGAGGACGCCUUUUGGGUGAGCGCUGACAGAUGGAAGAAGUGAAGAAGACAGCACCCGGAAUGCGUCGCUCCUCGGUCAUGAUUUGGGGAGCUUUACUCUUCAACUUCAGGCUCGUGGACGCCAAGGAGCACGAGCCCCGGUCCUCGUCCAACAUGUCCCCGUCCGACUUUCUGGACUCGCUCAUGGGUCGAACGUCAGGCUACGACGCACGAAUACGACCCAAUUUUAAAGGUCCACCUGUUAACGUUACCUGCAACAUAUUUAUCAACAGCUUUGGUUCUAUAGCUGAAACUACCAUGGAUUACAGAGUGAACAUCUUCCUGCGGCAGAAGUGGAAUGACCCCCGGCUGGCGUACAGCAAAUACCCAGACUCCUCUCUGGACCUGGACCCGUCCAUGCUGGACUCCAUUUGGAAGCCCGACCUCUUCUUCGCCAACGAGAAGGGCGCCAACUUCCACGACGUCACCACGGACAACAAGCUGCUGAGGAUCUUCAAGAACGGGAACGUGCUCUACAGUAUCAGGUUGACUCUCAUCCUGUCUUGCCCGAUGGAUCUGAAGAACUUCCCCAUGGAUGUCCAAACGUGUACAAUGCAACUGGAGAGUUUCGGCUACACCAUGAACGACCUGAUCUUCGAGUGGCUGGAGAACGGCGCAGUGCAGGUGUCCGACGGUCUGACUCUGCCUCAGUUCAUCAUGAGCGAGGAGAAGGAGCUGGGCUACUGUACCAAGCACUACAACACCGGAAAGUUCACCUGCAUUGAGGUGAAAUUCCAUCUGGAGCGUCAGAUGGGCUACUACCUGAUCCAGAUGUACAUCCCCUCCCUCCUCAUCGUCAUCCUCUCGUGGGUGUCCUUUUGGAUCAACAUGGAUGCCGCCCCGGCCCGAGUAGCACUGGGGAUCACCACUGUGCUCACCAUGACCACGCAAAGCUCCGGUUCCAGAACUUCUCUUCCGAAGGAUGAAGACGCGCGUGACGGACGCUUUAAUUUCGCUGGCUACAAUAUGAACCAGUGUCUGCCAACUAAGGACGGCUCAGCUGUUAAGAACGCCGCUCCGGCCCCGAAUCCUCAGCCGUCGCUCCCCAAAGACACCGACAACAUGAAGAAGAAGUUUGUGGACCAAGCCAAGAGGAUAGACACGAUCUCUCGAGCUGCCUUCCCUCUGGCCUUCCUCAUCUUCAACGUCUUCUACUGGAUCACCUACAAGAUCAUCAGACACGAGGACAUCGACAAAAAGUAAUGACUCGCAGCAUCAUUCUGAUCGGUUCUCAGACUGAGAUAAGAUGAGGAGAAAUGCCGAGUGACGUUCUUUCAGGGAUAAUGUCCAAUGUUCGGGAAUCCUACAGGGAUGUUCAAGUUGUACGGCUGCAAAUACUGAUUGAGGAAUUUGGGGGUCAUACGCAAGGUUUAGUAGCAUUCUGGUUAUGGUGGACCAAAUCUUUUCUAACCCAUUUUUGCCUUGAGGACUGUACGACUAUGAAAAAAAAAAUGAAAAAAAGAUACUAUUUAUAAUCGUAUGGUAGCUUACAGUAGUUGGAGCCUCUGGGUCUUCUCCAGUUUUUCAUGGGUUCUUAUCAAAGGAGUUUGUUUUAUAUUGUAGACACUUCCUUUAAAGAGAAUAUAAAGCGAUAACAAUGUAAUAUAUAUAGAAGAAGCAAAAACACAUGAAAUCAUCGAAUAUUGGUGACGUGCAUCUCGAAAAUUACAAGGAGCUCCUGACUCAAAGGGGUCUAACCGGAUAAAAAAUUUUUGGAGACACUUCCCCACCAAGGAGUACAGUUCAGUUCAUCGUGGUACGAUCUGGUCUACCCUGAUUCGUCUUGUGGCUACGCAUUAGGAUGUAAGCGUUGACGACGUAAAUAGUGUUGACAUCACGACACGAUUCAGAAAGAAGAGAAACACAACAAGAGUACACAAAGGCGAAGGAUGGAGAGAAUCCAGGAUUUCUUCGAGAUGCGACGAUUCCCUAUUGACCAAUCAGCACCCUGCAAAGUUGUAUCUGCCGCACCACUGAACCCUAUCAAAAGUGGCAGACUUCUGAACUUUACUGCUACUUUACUGCGUUUCAAAAUUGCUGCCUGGCAAAAAGGUUUUUCUGUCACCGACUGUGCAACCUUCUGGAUAGACUUUCCUCGGCUUCGCACGAACACCUGCUCUAGGAGUUUGGUGUUUUCAUCUGUGGUGAUAGUAGCAAGGCUUCCGCUGCAUGGUUUGUCAAGAACAAAUAGUUUUGAGAAACUUGCCAUAGAUAGCAGCCAUUGUAUUACGUAUCGGAGCAGUUUGACGGCCACAAAGCUUCUCAAACUAGCGGCGAACUGCAGUCGGGGAUGGAAAAACUUCUUGCCAAAUAACAAUUUUGUCAACUGGUGAGCCAAGGGCAAGGGAAGGAUAUGCUUACAAAAACUGCGACGCCGAAGCUGUCCAAUGCUGUUGGCCUCAAGUUGUCCACAUUAUACCUAAAACAAAUGAGAAAAAAAGGAAGUGUACAGUGACUUUUGGAACAUCCUGUAUAAACUAGGGUUUUCACAAUUUGUAUUUUAUUUUAUAUUUUUUAGAUAGUGCCCUUGACAGUGAGAGUAAAAUACUUAUUCACUGAUCACCAAGCAGGCACACAAUUUCUUUUUGAUUCAUGUGUCCGUGUUAACGUUGUGGCGACGAUGUACAGAUUAUUUUUGUAAAUUCAGCUCCCAGAGAGCAACCAAGUUUCUAUUUUAAAUCUUGAACCGAAAACAUUUAGGAAACCCUGACAAACCAUUUUACAGUUUCAAAGACAUUGAACAUUUUGAGUGUGUUUGAAUGUGUCAUAGUCCAAGUAAAUAACAAUCUUUUUCGUAGCCGUAAGUCUACUGAACUAUAACUGAAGGGAGGCUUGUGUUAAUAGAAAAAUAAAUGACCUUUCUGUAUGCUUGUCUUGCAACGGCUGUUGGAUGGAGACAUAAAGUACUGUACUGAAGACAGCGGCGGCAGUGGGCGGAAGGACGACGCUGAAACUGCCUAACGCUCGUUCUAUAGAACUUCUAAUCGACCUGAGGAACUCUUUUUUUUAUUUUUUUGUUUUUUUUUGAAUGCUAUUGAAAACGUUUUAUUUAUCAGCCUGAACAUCAAUAAACAUGACUGCACCGUAUUUUGCUUCCUUUUCUC